ACACUAGCCCGAAGAGAACGUUACAAGAUUGUUACAUAUGUUACACAUCCAUGGGUGUUUCGUGACUCUGAGACAUCAUCUGCUCUUGUGGUCAACUCCGAGGAAACCUUUUAUCCUAAGCCUGCAUUACAACCAGGACAACAAGUGUAUGGUCCAGCAAGUCCACGCUACAUCAUAGCCAACAUUUGCAUACCUCUGUACAGCCUCAAGGAUAGAGCAGCACAGGUUGUGUGGUCUUGUCUGCACAGACCCUCACAAGCUGUGUUCUCUCCUGGAAAUUCCCAACAGUUCUUAAUGCUUACACUAGCUAAGUGGCCAAACUGUGGUAGUUUAAACAGAGGUAACCCCAUACUAAGAUAA